AUGGAGCCGGAUUUGGAGUUCAUGCCGCUGCAGAGCCUGCGGGUGCUCGUAAGCAGCAUGGAUAAGCUGAAGAACGACACCGUUCUGAGGCUGCACGCCAUACAGAAGGUGAACCACGACCUGCUGACAGAGAACGCACGGCUUCGGCAUCGUACGCGGGACAUGUUAAAGCGCCAACAGGAGAGUGCGGUUUCGCCAGCACCUGGCAGGGAAUCGUUGAAGCAAAUCGAAAGCAGGGUAAAGCCCGCGAAGGCCACGCAGAUGGCGGCAAAAGCUGGAACUGACGUCUCUGCCCCCUCCAAUCGCACGGACCCCAUGAGCGUGGACAUCACUAUGGGUCCGGAUUUCACCGCGGUGGUGGAGAUGCGGAUCGGGCUCGACACGCCGCAGCUCAGGGAUUUCUUCCAAGCGGAGCCCACCGACUUCCAGUACAAGCUGAUCCUGAUAGAGGCUAAAAACGGCGUGGUGGAGAACGCCUCUACAGUAAUCACGCGCAACCCAAAAGUCACGUUGCGCAAGUUGCAGGACACCAAGUUCGUCUACCACCAGCGCUACUCUCCUUCCCCCACGCCCGAACCCGUGACCGUCACUCCGCAGGCUAAACAGCCGCCCAUCAACGUCGGAAGCGCAAUGUACACGUUGAACGUUCAGGUGGGCGAGAAGGACUACGCUACUUGCGCAUUCUCUGACGGCGACGAGUUCCCGGCGGUGGCGAGGCAGUUCAUCGAGGAUAACCGGCUGAAGCCCGUUCUGCUGGAGGGGCUGCUGCAGGCGAUGCAGCAGCUACGCGCUUCGGGAGUGACCAUCCGCAGUGUGGACGUGUCAGACCUGAUAUAG